UGCCUACAAAACUUCCAUAUCAGCAAAGAUCGACAGUUACCGAUUCAACCGUGCAGCGUUAAUCAACGUUGGAUUCCGAGAAGUGUGCCCGCAGUGUGACUACAUUGCAGUGCAUGAUGUUGAUCUUCUCCCCCUUAAUCCACAACUAUCAUACGGCUAUCCAGAGAAAGGCCCAUUUCAUGUUGCAUUGCCACAGCUGCAUCCUCGCUAUAACUACUCAACAUUUGCUGGAGGAAUACUGCUAAUUAAGAGAGAAGAUUUCCAAAAAGUUAAUGGAAUGAGCAAUAAAUACUGGGGCUGCGGUUUAGAGGAUGAUGAAUUCUAUAUUCGCCUAAAAGAAGCAAAGCUGCAAAUAUCUCGUCCACAAAAUGUAACUACGGGAAAAACCAACACAUUUAGGCACGUGCAUGACAGUGUAAGACGCAAACGUGAUAAGACCAGAUGCUUCAAUCAAAUCAAGUUGACAGAGGAUCGUGAUUUGGAGACCGGUGUGAACACAGUGUCUUAUAAACUUACAAAAAUUAGGCAGAUGAGUAUUGAUGGUGAUCGAGCUACAGUUCUAAACGUGAAGCUUCAUUGUGAUAAGCUACUGAAUCCGUCGUGUGAAUGUAACUCUAGCAAUCAAUCAGCAGACUAAAUCUGCGCAGGUAGCAAGCUGAAAAAAUUUAGACUGUAAGAUAGUAAAGUACCAAUUAUAUUCACAUUAUUUUCAGUAUUUAUAGCAUUUUGUUGGUAUUGAGUGGACACCAGUUAUUUGUGUUACAAUUGGAAACGGCUUAAUGGGAAGGAGUUUUAUAUUUUAUGUUUUGUAGAGUUUAUGGCUUAGAACUUUGCAACUUUAUAUUAUGUACCACAUGUUUACUCACUAUUAAUUUUUCAA